ACUGAGAAUAAGGAGGAAGAUGAAGCUGACAGUUAGUACUGCCACCCCAGGAAUGGAUUUAGGUAAGAAGGGAAGCGGGGGGCAGGGGCUGAGGUUAGACUGGAGCUAGUUUGGCAGUACCUCAUUUGCCCAAAUGAAGUAACCUCCACUGAAUGGGGCUUACUCCCAGGUAAGCGGGGUUAGGAUUGCAGCCUUGAACACUCAAGAAUACUUUCACUCAUAAAAUAUGGACUUCAUUGUACCAUUUAUCCCCCACCUUCAGGCCCAAAGGCCCACAAGGCAAUUUACAAUUAGUCAUGUUGACACUAUACAGUGGUACCUCAGGUUAAGUACUUAAUUCAUUCUGGAGGUCCGUUCUUAACCUGAAACUGUUCUUAACCUGAAGCACCACUUUACCUAAUGGGGCCUGUUGCUGCCGCUGUGCUGCGGGAGCCCGAUUUCUGUUCUCAUCCUGAAGCAAAGUUCUUAACCUGAAGCACUAUUUCUGGGUUAGCGGAGCCUGUAACCUGAAGCGUAUGUAACCUGAAGCAUAUGUAACCUGAGGUACCACUGUAUAUGAUAAGAAACAUGGCUUCAAAAAUUAAGCUACAGUAUUACAGUUAUAUCCACUUUUCUUUCAAGGAGCCCAAGAUGGCAUGCCUCUGUCGACUUUAUCUUCACAGCAAGGUAGAUUAGGCUGACAGUGGUGCAGUGCCCAGGUUUACAGAGUAUGGCCCUCAAUGUGGAGAUCUAUCAGGUCAAAGGAGAAAUAGACAAAUCUGUCAGAUUAGUCUCUCAAUUGCUCAUUUUUCCAAUCCCUAGUUCAGCACAUUUCCAUAUCAGAGAGACCAAAUUCUUUUUCUAAUACUUUUCCCCCACCAUCUUCUCCCUUUUGCGUUUCCUCAGCUUCAGCCAGGUUCACUUUGCUUUAUUGCACGGGUCAGGAACCUUUAUGGCCCAGCAGGCAAGAUCUUUACCUCCUCCCCACCCAACAGGCCAACUGAGACAGGUGGUUGGGUGAUUGGCACGCAGGUAGAUAUGCACACCAGCAAAAGCAGCGAAGGUAGCGAGCAAGAGAGAUUGAACUCCCCACGUUGUACAGGGUUCAGAUGUAGGAGGGAAUUCUCUGCAGAUUACUCCCUUAUGCCCUCCAACUGAGCAGCACUGAACUCCCCACACCAGGUCAGUUCAGUCCUACACAUGCAGGGAACAAGGGCAUGUAGAUGAACCAAUCCACAUCUACCUAUUGGGCUAAUGCCACUUUAUUAGCAGGUGGGUGAGAUUUAAGGGGGAAAUGGCCCUGUGGGCCAAAUCAAAACCUCUGGUGGGUCAAGAUUGCCCCAUGGGUUGGAGGCUUUCCACCUCUGCAUUACUUGCAACAAUUGGCAUUUGUAGUAAUUAAAUUAUAACAAUUAGAUGUGAUACUUAGAACCACGGAGGCCGAGAAAGAAUCUCCAUCACAUCGGAAGAACUGAAAUCAGCCUAGCGACUCAUAAGGCACGGUGCCAUCUGUGGACACCAUUCUCUCAUGUUGUAGGUAUUCCAAACUGGUUAGCACAUCAGUGGCCAUUGCAAUCACAGCCUCCACUUGGCAGUGCACAGCACAGGCUGAGGCAAUAGGGGAGGCAAGUUGAGCUGUCCAGAGAGACACAAGAGCAGCUGUUGGAAAGUUCAAAUCGCUGAGGCGUCGGCUCGCGCCAGGCUGGUUUUUGCACCUGUGAGGAAAGAGAUCCCUUCCACAUUCCGUAAAAACAUUGCAUUCUUGGCACGAUCACCAAUGCUCUUAUUCUAAUCGGGGAACUUAGAUGGGGGUUUGUCACAACAACUGUCACUUGUACCUCACAGUGGCCCACACUACAGGUUCAGCAUAAAACAGAGCAAGGUUGAGGAACUUUUUCAGAGCACAUGCCAUUUUGGGGCAGGUCCGGAAACGAAAGUGGGCAGAGCAACAUGCGAAUUUUACCUUUGUGCAGCAGGCUAGUUUCUACAUAACCCUCAACAGAUUAACUUUGAAUCCAGUUGGAUCUGGUUGGAAUGUGUUCCUGACCUCUGCUUGUCUGAAUGGAUGGGGGUGGGUGGCAGGUGUAGACAGUAGUCUACUGUGCAAAAAUAAACAACCACAUCCACUUCUCCACCCACUGUUGCCUCUGGCCCUUCCAACCAAUAGCAUGUGGCCCCCAGAAAGUUGCCCAGAGGCUAAUGUGGCCCUCAGGCUGAAAAGGGAAUGCACCCUCUAGCGGAAGCACCACUGCCCUCAAGAGCUGCUUGAUGUUGCAAGUGUCUGUCACCAUCUCAGAAGAGGCAUUCAUUACCACAAGUAAUAAUAAUAACAGCAAGAACAGCAGCAAAGGCCUGCAAGUCAGAGCUUUCCAAACUUUGUGUUGUGAUAUGUUGGUGUGUUGGCUGCAGUGUGUAGGUGUGUCGCACGAAUACUCCCCACGCUCCUCCCAGAGGUAAGUUUGCUAGUGAAACUGAAUUACAGUCAUACCUCAUGUUACGUCUGCUUCAUGUUACGUUCUUUCAGGUUACGUCCCGCGGUGACCCGGAAGUACUGGAAAGGGUUACUUCCAGGUUUCGCCACUCACGCAUGUGCAGAAGCGCAAAAUGACAUCACGCGCAUGCACAGAAGCAGUGAAUCACAACCCGCGUCUGUGCAGACGCGCCGCUGUGGGUUGUGCUCUUUUCAUGUUGCAAACGGGCCUCUGGAACAGAUCCCAUUCACAACCAGAGGUACCACUGUACCGUGUCGCAAAGUGAUGAAUGUCUAAAAAUGUUGGUGUGUCACCAACAUGAAAAGUUUGAAAGCUCUGCUGUAAGUCAUUUGAGGCUCUCCUCCAGGUGCGUACCCCACAGGAGGUCCAGAGAGUGGCAACACAUGAAUGGGCCUUUUCUGUGGUGGCUCCCUUCUUGUGAAGUGCUCUGCCCAGGGAGGCUCACCUGGCACCAUCAUUACUUACCUUUAGGCUCCAGGCAAAAACAUUUCUUUCCCACCAGUCCUUUAGCUUUGAAUGAUCUGCAGCCUCCUUCAGUGGAUGGGAUGUUUUAGUCCUUUUAAAAAUGAGGAGUUUUAUAUUUUUCUCUGUUUUGUUUUUGUAUUGUUCUAUGAUUUGUUAAUUGCUUUGAGUUGCAUUUGCAAAAGAGGGGGAGACCCUAAUUAGUACAAGCAGGAGGAGGCUGAUAUAAAUCACACUCAGCUACAUAGCUGCAACUAAAACAUUUAAAGUGCAGUAUGCAAAUGUGACACAAAUGGCAACAGUGAUCUAUGGCAAAUUCAAUGUAUUUUUCAAAACGUUUUUUAAAAAAGCUUUUUCACAGCGUUUUUUUAUAUGUGUGUAGAUUCCACCUCAGAGAUGGGAGAAUUGGUUGGUUUUGGUUUCUCUCAGUUUCUGAUUUUUUUCCCCCUCUCAGUAAUAGUUGGAGUUUUGGCUGCUAAGAUACAAUUAGCCUUGAUUUUUAAAAUAAUAAAAAAAUAUUUACUGAAUAAAGCUUUUUUCCCCCAAAGAAGCUUGUAAAGGCUUCAAGUUGCAAGAAAGGAGAGUCUGACUAAACAUUCGGAAAAAACUUUCUGACAGUAAGAGCUGUUCAGCAGUGGAACAGACUCUCUUUGGAGAUUGUGAACUUUGCUUCACUGGAGGUUUUUAAGCAGCAGGUAGACGGCCAUCUGCCAUGGAUGCUUUAGCUGAGAUUCCUGCAUUGCAGGGGGUUGGAAUAGAGGACCUUUGGGGUCCCUUCCAACUCUAAGAUUCUAUGAUUCUCUGAAAGAGAAAUCCCCAAUCGAUUGCACCCUCCAAUUGAAUUAAUAGAAGGUGGUGCUGUUUGGAUAAAUCUGUAGUGCUACUGUAUUCUUCCGUGUAUAAGAUGCCCCCUACUUUUGGGGACCCCAAAUUUAGAAAAUGGGCAUAUAUGCACUAUCCGUGUAUAAGACGCCCCCAGAUUUUUAACCUUAUUUUGAAGUAAAAAAAACCCUAGUCUUAUACAUGGAAAAGUACGGUAAUUUUGUGUGUUUGUGUGCAGGUACUGAGAUACAUAGCCUAACUUUACCAAAUUAAUUCACAUCUCUGCUCUGCAAUGAAACACCGACCUCUGCUGGACCCCACUGUGCAUCACAAGCUAAAAUCCUCUCUUCUUUUUUUAAACUCAUCCUCCUGUUUUGCAGUAUAGAAUAAUGGAAUUUUAAAGUUGGAAGGGACCACAAGGGUCAUCAAGUCCAACCCCUGCAAUGCAGAAAUCUUGUGGAGGUUGAACCCACAACCCUGAGAUGAAGAGUCCCAUGCUCUACUGCCUGAGCUAUCCAGGAGAUAUUAUUGUUCCCUCUCAUUUGUUCUGGAAAUGACCAUUGCAAGAUACAACUGACAUUGCUCAUGUUGCCAAAAUGGUAGCAAGAGAAAGGUUGUACCCAGGGGCGGGGCUUCAUGCUCCGGCACCGGGGGGGGGGUGGAGAGCAGGUGGGGGUGGGGAGUGCCGCCCUGGGGGCGGGGGGCACUGCCUGCGGGGGCAUGGCACCCAGCACGGGGCGGGGGAUCGUGCUGCCGGGGGCGGUGCGCUCCCCCCACACUCCUCUUCCUCCUCCAUAAAGUGAGAUGAGAGCCGCAACCCCAGAGUCAUCCGCAACUGGACCUAUUGGUCAGGGGUCCCUUUACCUUUACCUUUAGCCUCUUUAAAAGGCCUUCUAUCAAACAGGCUGAUGGAGGAGUGAUGGAGCAAUCUGUUUGAAAUCUAUUAGCCUGAUGGGUUUUUGAUAAGAUUUUCCUUCCUCUGCAUCUAGUGCAGAAGCCAAGCAGACUGACGGAGGAGUGUGGAGCGACCUGGUCCUCCUCCACCACCAACUGGUUUAAAGGUAAAGGUAAAGGGACCCCUGACCAUUAGGUCCAGUCGUGGCCGACUCUGGGGUUGUGGCGCUCAUCUCGCUUUAUUGGCCAAGGGAGCCGGUGUACAGCUUCUGGGUCAUGUGGCCAGCAUGACUAAGCCGCUUCUGGCAAACCAGAGCAGCGCACGGAAACGCCGUGUACCUUCCCGCCGGAGCGGUACCUAUUUAUCUACUUGCACUUUGACGUGCUUUCGAACUGCUAGGUUGGCAGGAGCAGGGACCGAGCAACGGGAGCUCACCCCGUCGCGGGGAUUCGAACCGCCAACCUUCUGAUUGGCAAGUCCUCUGUGGUUUAACCCACAGCACCACCUUACCAACUGGUUUACUCUGCUGCAUAUCAUUCUUGGUUGCCAAUAAUUAGGAAUAGAGGAAGCUGCCUUAUGCAGGGUCAGACCACUGGUCUAUUGGUCCACCUAGCUCAGCAUUCCCUAAACUGACUGGCAGUGGCUCUCCAGGGCUUCAGGAAUCUCUCCUACUCCUUCCUGGAGAUUCUCAGGAUGGAAGCUGGGUCCUUCUGCAUGCAAAGGAGAUGCUCUACCACUGAACUAUGAUCCUUCACCCUUUAGUAGGCAAGUUGUUAAAUGGCUUAGCAGUAGGUCAUCUUCCCUGAAUGUAGAAGGUCCCAGGUUGAAUCCCCAGCAUCCCCCUGCUUGACAUCCUAGAGAGGCACUGCCAGUCAGUGUAGACAGUAUUGAGCUAGAUGUACCAUUAGCCUACAUCAAUAUGAGGCAGCUUUCUUGCAUCCUCUGCUAUAGCAUUCCUACACUAUAAACCACUUAGAGGUUUUACUGCAAUUGACUGUACUAAUUAAAUAAAUAAAAUACAUUAAUAAAAUGUAUUAAUUUUGUUCAAUAAAUAAAUGUUUCUAUGUAUGUUAUAAGGUUGCAUUUCAUUUUUAUUUCAUCUUGGCUGCAAGGUACUCAGGGCAACUACAAUAUCCCCUCUCCCCUUUAUUCUCACAACAAUCCUGCAAUGCAAGGUAAGACUACAGAGACGGCACUCACCCCUAGGUUAUUCAGGAAUCUUUAUGGUCCAACUGAGGAUUUGAACCCAAGUCUUCCUGGUCCCAUAUAAUGCAUUUGCACUGGUUCAGCCAUAGCAGGAAUUUCUGGUAGAAGCUGUAUGCCGGCUCCCUCGGCCAAUAAAGCGAGAUUAGCACCGCAACCCCAGAGUCAGCUACGACUGAACCUAAUGGUCAGGGGUCCCUUUACCUUUACCUUAAGGUAACAAAGAAGACGUGGGUGGCACUGUGGUCUAAACCGCAGAGCCUAGGGCUUGCCAAUCGGAAGGUCGGCAGUUCAAACUCCUGCGACGGGGUGAGCUCCCGUUGCUCAGUCCCUGCUCCUGCCAACCUUGCAGUUCCAAAGCACGUCAAAGUGCAAGUAGAUAAAUAGGUACCGCUCCGGCAGGAAGGUAAAUGGCGUUUCCGUGCACUGCUCUGGUUCGCCAGAAGCGGCUUAGUCAUGCUGGCCACAUGACCCGGAAGCUGUACGCCGGCUCCCUCGGCCAAUAAAGCAAGAUGAGCGCUGCAACACCAGAGUCGGUCACGACUGGACCUAAUGGUCAGGGGUCCCUUUACCCUUUACCUUUAUAGUAUUUUGAUAUUUGAUCAUAGUUCUAGAGGUGCAUCAUGAGGAAUGGUUGACAGAGUUCAGUAUGUUUAAGCUGGAGAAGAGAAUACUGAGAAGUCAUAGGAUAGCCGUCUUAAAAUAAAUGAAGGGCUGUCACACAGAAGAUGGAGCAAGCUCGUUUUCUGAGGCUCUAGAGUGUAGUACUCAAACCAAUGGAUUCAAAUUACAAGAAAUGAGACUGCGACUAAACCUUAGGAAGAACUUUAGGAUGUUAGGAGCUGUCCAAUAGUGGAAUGGACUCCCCUGGAAGGUGGUCAACUCUCCUUCAUUGGAGAUCUUUAAGCUGAAGUUGGAUAGCCAUCUGUCAGGGAUUCUUUAGCUGUUGUUCCUGUAUUGCAGGGGGUUGGACUACAUGACCCUUGUGGUCAUUUCCAACUCUACAAUUCUAUGGUCCUAUGUGACUCAUUGAAGAAAUCCCAUUAACAAAAAUAAAUACUUUAUAUGUAUUGUUAAAAAAACUUACAGAUGAAGUUCUGCUUAAAUGAAGUCCUUUGUAUUCUACCUAAGAAAGCAUAUUUGAGAUUCAUUUUUAUAAAGUACCUCCAACAAUAAUGACACUAUAGUUUGAAAAAGUGUCAUUCAUACAUUUUAAUAUCACAUUUGCCCGCUUUUUUCUUCGUGUCAGAAAUUAAUGAAGUACAGAAGGAUAAUUGGCUCGUUUUGAUGCCACUGUAAUACAAUCACCACCCUCUGGAAUUACAUGUCCUUUGCUCAGGGGCAGAGCUGAAUGGAAAAAAGAAAAUCGAACUUGAUUGUUAACACAGAGGUAACUUUAUCCAGCUGGACCUACAUGCCCAACACUGCUUCAAGUGCAGAAAUACUGCCUAUCUAUCCAAAACUGCACACGAUCUUCAAGGCUUGGAAGAUUCAAGCAUAACCUACAAGCAUCAUGCAGGUAAGUCUUGAACUAUAUUUUUAUCGGCAGCCCCCUGGACUACCAUGUCAAUACAUGAAGACUGUUCCAAACGUUAAACCUCACUUUAUAAGUGAAGAAAGACAUGAAAUUAACUUCAACAUCUGUGCAAUAUGGAAGGCAGGUCUGCUACGCAAAAUACCAGUCUAAGAAACUGACUUAUACUGAGUCAGACCAUUGGAUCCAUCUAACUCACUGCCCUCCAGAUGUCUUGGGAUACAACCCCAUCAGUCCUACACACACACACACACACACACACACACACACAGACACACACACACACACACACACACACACACACACACUGUAGCUCCUGGAAGUUGUAAUUAUAAAACAUCUGGAGGACACAGGGUUGGCAAAGUCUGAUCCACAUUGACUGGCAGUAGCUUUCCAGGGGUUUCAGACAAGGACCUUUCCAAGUCCUGUGCUGGAGGCUGGACCCAGGAGCUCUCACAUGUGAGGCAGGUGCUCUACCACUGAACUACAGCCAGUGGUUCACAGUUGCACAGGGUUGGUGGUCUGUUAUUAUUUUUGCAGCAAAAUCGCUAAAGACUAUCUCCAAUGUCCUAUAGCCACCCUACCAACAAAGAGAAAAGGGUGAGUGUUCCAAAGCUAAGCAUCUGGAAACACUGAAAACACAAGGCACCUCAAUUUCAAGAAAAUAGGGUGCACGUUCCGUCACAUAUAAUGGAAUUUCCGAAAGAAGAUAUUGGGAGCACACCCAGUCAUUUGCCCAUGUAUGUACACAUAAAAUAGUAGAUUGAGCUGAAAGACAAACACAUGAUGUACAUUGAUUGUUGCACUGCACCCCUAAUUAUUAUUGUUGUUGUUGUGUAAGAUUGUAAAAAAAGUUGUAUAAUCUUAGAAGGGGCAUGGCUGUAACUAUCAUGAAGGGGACCCUGCACGUCUGAAUUUGCCCCUUCCCUAAAUAUAUAGGGUGAAUACUAGGGUUACAUCUGUUUGAAUCUGUAAUCAGCUUGAAUUGGAAUAUAUGACCACUUAACUCAACAGAGCUUACUUUUAAGUAUAGAUACAGGAUUGCACUGAAAACUUUUAACUACUGUAAUUGGUAGGGCCAAGAGUUGAGGACACAUCAUUUCUUCCAGGGCCAUCCAUCCUGGCUUCUGGAAUGAUACUGCAGAUUAGUGAAAGGGGGAGAAAUUAGAUUUGGUUUGCAUUUAAAGGCAAACCUACCUAAUUUUCACUUUCUGAAACAGUAUGUGAACAAAAACAGAACCAUCUAUUGGCAUUCAUAUUUCUCCAGCCAAGUACAAAAAUGCAUAUACAGGCAACUCCCCAUUUAAGCGUGAUCACAUACAUGCACACCGAACCGAGGUGUAGCCCCCAAAUGUCAUGAAAAGGGAUUGAAUAAGGGGAAGCUUAUGCAGACUCCAUUGGACAUGCAUAGGAGUCCAGAAUGGAACCCCUGCACAAAACGAGGAUUGCCUGAUAAUGCAUAAAUUAGUGAAAAUUGCAUACAAAAAUACAUUGGGUUGUAUCUAAGUUAUACUCAGAGUAGACCCAUUGAAAUUAAUGGGCCAAACUGAGAAUAGACUCAUAGAAAGUAAUGGACAUGAGUGAGUAGAAAUAGCAUAUUACAACCAGGCCUUUUUUCUCAGCUGGAACUCAGUUCCGGCAUCUCUCAAGUGGGUGCCAUUGGCAUUCUAAGAGAACAAGGGAGGUGUUCACGGUGAGUUCCAGCACUUUUUUCCUAGAAAAAUAGCACUGAGUACAACUCAGUAUAUUGGAGAUUGCUUUGCAAAAAUGUGCAUAUUAACAUAAAUUCACACUAAGACUAACAUUCACAACUUUAUUUAAGUAGAAUAUGAAGAAAGACAGCGCAACAACAUGUAUAGUUAUUUAACAUGCAGAAGAUAACAAGUGAUGUCAUAAACCAGAAAGGGAAGAUGAGGGAAGUCAAUGGGAGGAUGGGGAUUGUAAAAUAUAAAAUUUGGAUAACUGUACAGUGGUGCCUCGCAAGACGAAAUUAAUCCGUUCCGCGAGAGUCUUCGUCUAGCGGUUUUUUCGUCUUGCGAAGCAACCCUAUUAGCGGCUUAACGGAUUAGCGCUAUUAGCGGUUUAGCGGCUAUUAAAGGCUUAAAGGCUUAGCGGAUUAGCUGCUAAAAGGCUAUUAAAGGCUAUUAAAGGCUUAGCAGAUUAGAUAAAGGGGGCGAAAAGCGGAAAAAAAAUCUCAAGACUUGCAAGACAUUUUCGUCUUGCGGAGCAAGCCCAUAGGGAAAUUCGUCCUGCGAAGCAACUCAAAAACGGAAAACCCUUUCGUCUAGCGGGUUUUCCAUCUUGCGAGGCAUUCAUCUUGCGGGGCACCACUGUAUUGGCAAAUUGUUACAACAAAGAAACCCAAUAGUUUUUUUUAAAAAAAAAAAUCUGUUUUUAAAACCUACCACUCUCCUCCCAAAAGAGGGUAAAAGCACAUGGCUUUAGUAUGCAUGUGAAAAUAAGAAUGAUGCAAAAUAUAAAACGUGUCUGGUAAUCUUAGGCACUCAUAUAGGAUCACAGAAGAAGGAAGUAGUCCAUAUACAACUAUGAGAGGAGGUGUUUUUAUUAUUAUUAUUAUUAUUAUUAAUUAACUUUCUAUACCACCCUUCAGCCAAGGAUCACAGGAUGGUUUACUAUAUAAAAAUACUUAACACAGUAAUAAAAACCACAAAUACACACUGUUUAAGAAGCCAUAGAUUUUUUAAUUAGCCAAAGGCCUGGGAGAAGAGGAACAUUUUAGCCUGGUACCUAAAGAUGUGCAGUGAAGACAACAGCUAAGCCUCCCAGGGGAGAGGAUUCCAGAAGUUGGGAGCCACCAUAGAAAAGGCCCAUUCUCAUUUUAUCACUCUCCGGACCUCUCACGGGGGGGGGGGGGCGCACAUGAAGAAGAGCCUCAGAUGACGGUUGCAGGAUGCGAGUUGGUUGAGUAUGAGUAUGUUUCCGACCACAAUUCAAAGUGUUGGUGCUGACCUUUAAAGCCCUAAACGGCCUCGGCCCAGUAUGCUUGAAGGAGCAUCUCCACCCCCAUCGUUCUGCCUGUACACUGAGGUCCCGCUCCGAGGGCCUUCUGGCAGUUCCCUUGCUGUGAGAAGCCAAGUUCCAGGGAACCAGGAAGAGGGCCUUCUCGGUAGUGGCGCCCACCCUGUGGAACGCCCUCCUAGCAGAUGUCAAAGGGAUAAACAACUACCAGACUUCUAGAAAACAUCCGAAGUUUAGGGAAGUUUUUAAUGACUGAUGUUUUAAUGUAUUUUUAAUAUUUUGUUGGAAGCCACCCAGAAUGGCUGGGGGAACCCAGCCAGAUGGGCGGGGUAUAAAUAAUAAAUCUAUUAUUAUUAUUAUUAUUAUUAUGGUUGUGGAAGAAUCACUGCACAACACACUCUUGAAGAGGAAGCAGACACUAAACCUCUUCUCUUUUUUGCCCUGCAGCUAAUCUUCUGCCGGCUAAGGACCCAUCAGUGGUGCUUCAUUCUUUUUAAUGUUGUUCUUUUCCACAUUUUGUUCUUCGGAGCUGAUCUCGUGGAAGAAUACUUCUUGCGAGCACUCCCCAACACCUACACAGACAUGAAGGUCCUCGAAGCCAGGGAGAGAGCACGGAAGCUGGAUAUGACCCCCUUGAAGGCCAAUAUCUCCAAGGCUUAUGUAGCUAGCAGAUCAGAGGCCUGCUCCAACCAAGAGAUCUUCCUCCUUGUCCUAGUCUUUGGCAGCCCUGAAAACUUGUCAAGGCGCAACACCAUUAGAGAAACAUGGGCCAACCAGACACAUGUCAGGGGAUAUGGUACUCUCGUUUUGUUUGUGCUAGGGAAGCCCUCUUCAGAAGGCACCCAGCUGGAGGUAGUCCAGGAGAUGGAGAAGCAUCAGGACCUCAUUCAAGGCUCCUUCCUGGACUCUGUAGAGAACCAGACAUUGAAGACACUGAUGGCUGUGGAGUGGGCCGUAACAUUCUGCUCCAGGGCCCGGUUCAUUCUCAAAGCAGAUGAGGAGAUGUUCAUCAACCUCCCAAGUUUGGUCGAGUACUUGCUCAACUUAAGAACCCAUCCCGAAGACAUUUACCUUGGGAGGCUGGUUCAUCAAGAGAAACCCAACAGAGACCCUCAAAGUCAUGGCUUUGUUUCUCAACAAAAAUACCCAGAAAAAUAUUAUCCCGAUUACUGCAGUGCGACUGCGUUUGUCAUCUCACAGGAUGUGGCUCGGAAGAUCUACGUAACCUCUGGAGAAGUUCCUCUUUCACUGCCUCCUGGUGCCUUUGUGGGACUCUGCAGCAAAGCAGCUGGUGUGGUGCCUGCUCACAGUUCUCGAUUUUCUGGGAAAAAGCACAUUCGCUACAACCGCUGCUGCUACAAGUUCAUUUUCACCUCCUCCACAGCAAGAGAUACCCAGCUGCUCCAAGAAUGGGACGAGAUCAGCAAUGGCAAGGGCUGCACUGUACUAGAAACUUAUUAUGGGUUGGUAUCCUGCAAAGUCAUGACAUACCUGGAUGGAUUUAAACACCUAAGUGUUGAUGCCUUACAGAACGAGGCUCUCCAUUUUGCUGAUUAAACUGACCCAAAAAACUCACAUUCCAAUGUUUGAUUUUAACCAUGGAUUUUCUCUGCUGAACCAUUUAUGCUAGGAGCCAUGGCCAGCAUCCUGUUGCAAGGAGUUCCACUGACUACUUGUGCUUUGUGUAAGUUUUUCUCUAUUCUUAACUUCCCAUUUAAAACAUGCAUACAACAGGAGAGUAUAGAUG